UGAUAAAGAUGUUGAUUUUUGUCGUUUUAAUAUUCCUAUUUUGCUGGGGUCCGAGGCUCAUAAUUAACGUUGUCAUAAAAUUUGGCCUUCAAGAUUAUAAUCAAACAAUAUAUUCAGCUAGAGUAACCUGUUACCUGUUAUCGUUCAUCCAUUCAGCCCUUAAUCCGUUCAUUUAUGGUUUCAUGUCAACCAAUUUUCGUAAAAUGAUGUGCUCAUCUUGUUCUCACCAUGGGCAAACCUCACAGUCGGUCAAUUACAUCAACAACAAUACUGGAAGCUGUUCCCUUGCCAGUGGUGUUGUCCCAGGGUUGGGUCUCAAUGCGACUCCCUUGACAAGCCUGAAUGUCGCUGUAACUCCGAGUGAUCUUCAUUCAUCUCAACAUCAACACAUUCACCACAUAAUCGGCUGUGUUUCCAAUUCACUGUUGAAUGAGAAAAUGAUUAUUGAAGGUAACAACCAUUUACCUCAACAAAUGAACUCAUUUUUAAUCAACAAUGACAGUGUUCUCAUUGAUUCCAACUCGUGUCCAGGACAAAUUGAAUACGAUCUUUCGAGUUACUCUUCAAGUGAUAAACCAACUUCAAACCAUAAAACAGUCAACUGUUUGUCCAUAAAACCAACGGGGACCGAAACCCUGUAAACAGUAAACUUUUUUUUCUACCAAACAACUCGUUAACUUUGAUCAACAACCAAUUCUUACACAAAACUGAAUACCUUUUUUACAUCGUAUUCUUGAUUACAAAGUUUCAAGUUUAACUUUGAAUCUUUCAGCUGAUAUAAAAUUACAACGAAAUGAAAAGUUAAGGCCCAAAAUAGUUUCCCUUCAUUUUCAGCAUUUAUUUUCAAUCCAUAAAUUGAUUACCAACUUUACCAAUCAACUGAUAUGAACAAAAAUUGUGAACAAAACCAACUUCUCUCAUUUCAUUGUAAAGCAAUCAUACAAUUUCAAUUAACUGGAGAAAGCAUAAAAAUAUUCAAAAUGAAAAUGACAAAUAUUAUUGUAACAAAAUGUAAUAUAUUAAAAUGGUUUAGUUUAUCAAAAUGUUAACCUUUAACUGAAUGAAAGACAGGAAAGACUGAAAAGUUGAAAAUAUCGACCAUUGAAUCUCUAUUCAUAAUGUGCCCAAAGUAUUCAAUAUGGAAGGUCAAAUUGUUAUUAAAAACUUGAUAAAUGAAUAUAAGAAAAUAUCAUUUCCUAAUUCAUGAGAGAAGCCAUAAUUGAUAUUCAAUGAU